AUGGCUCCUCGCGCUGUCCUCGCCCUCUUGGCUACCGCAGCGGGUGCUAUGAAAUGCCCCGGCUCCGGCAGUUGGAUCCAUGCCUCCGCGGAGGUGGAAGCCAUUGCAGAUGCCAGCUGCGCCGAUGUGAUGGAGGAGAUGAAGGCUCGAGUGCAGGGCCCUUGGGUCGAUCCUCAUAACAAGGGCACCUACAGCCUCCUGUCCGAGAGCAAGGACGAGCUGGACAUUCAACGCAUCACCGGCAACAAGAAGUUCACGGACAAGAUCACCUUCACCUUCUCCGACUUCGAUGCACAGGGUGCAAAGCCAAGCUGCGGCAUCCACGCCUGCUCGGAGUCUCAGGGCUUCUCUAUCGGGGAUUUCUCUACCAACUACUGCAACAUCCGGAACCUCUACUGCGGGAAGACGGAUGGAUGUGCGCCUGUCAAGCACGACUUCGAGAAUACUGAGCAGAAGGUGGACCCCUCCUUUGGUGCUGGCAAGGACAAGAAGGCGUGCAUCGUGAAGCCGACGGAGCAGUUCAUGGUGUGA